AAUUCAAUAAUUUGUCUCUUAUUAUAUAAUUAUAUCGCGUUGUGUGACAAGGAAUAAUUAAAAAAAAAAAAUGUCAAGUGAAUUGGUUGGGGUUGAGUGAAUUAUUAGAAGAAGACCAAAAUAAAAAGAAAAGAAAAAGAAAAUUAAUCGAAUCGAGGAUUUAAUGUGAUUCGAUGAAAUUAUUUGAAUAAAAAUAAUAGAAGAAAGAAGAAGAAGCGGAAGGAGCAGAAGGAGAUACUCUUGUGACUGACAAAAGGAAUAUUACUAAUAAUAAAAAGUGUAUUUAAUUUAUAAAAAAGUUUAUUAAGAAGAAGAAGAAGAAGAAAAAAAAGAUUUGAGUUCGUGAUCACGGGGAAUGGUGAUGCGGUAGUCGAGGGAUUCCCCAAGGAAAGACAUGAGGGCGGCCGCCGCCUACGUCCUAUUCCUUGCCCAGCUUAUACAGACGACAACCGGGAGUGGAUUUUUCGAAGUUCAGAUCCUGUCGUUGACGAACAACAGGGGCACCCUGGUGGACGGCAGGUGUUGUGGCGGGGGUGGGGGAGGUGGAAAGGGUGGUUUACCACCAUGUACUAGCACCUGUUCAACAGCCUUUUGGUUAUGCCUGAAGGAAUAUCAGUCAAAUGUCACUGCCAUAGGUUCAUGCAGUUUCGGCAAUGUAUCUAGUCACGCCCUUGGUCAAAACACCUUCACCCUUACUGAACCGGUCACCCUGCAACUACAUUUCACUUUUCGAUGGACCAGACAAUUUACAUUGAUCUUACAAGCGAGAGACGAAGCCAGUGCUGGUGUAAUCGAGGAAGCCAGUUACAGCGGAAUUGUUUUACCAGGACCAACGUGGCAUACCCUCAAUCAUCAAGGAAGAAAUGCUCAUUUAGCAUAUCGCGUGAGAGUACAAUGUGCGGAUCAUUAUUACAACGCUACGUGUACCAAGUUUUGCAGGCCGAGAAACGACAUAUUCGGUCAUUACACCUGCGACGAGAACGGAGACAAAGCUUGCAUACAGGGCUGGAAAGGUUCCGAUUGUGAAAUAGCUGUUUGCAAAGAGGGUUGUCAUCCGGUUCACGGUCACUGCAACGUAAGCGGUGAAUGCAAAUGUAGACACGGUUGGCGUGGUGAACUUUGCGAUCAGUGUACACCUUAUCCCGGAUGCAAACACGGUUAUUGCAAUGGUUCCAGUUGGCAAUGCAUUUGCGAUACAAAUUGGGGUGGCAUAUUGUGCGAUCAAGAUCUCAAUUAUUGUGGCACGCACGAGCCCUGUCAAAACGGUGGCACAUGCGAAAAUACUGCACCGGAUCAGUAUAGGUGUACAUGCCCUGAAGGAUUUUCCGGGCCUACUUGCGAAAAGGUAGACAAUCCUUGUGCCUCGAGUCCCUGCGCCAAUGGUGCAACCUGCAUCGAAUUAGGUGAAAGCGCACAUUGCGAAUGCGCGCCUGGUUUUACCGGGCCUUUGUGUGCAACCGACAUCGACGAGUGUGCCUCGCAACCUUGUCAAAACGGUGGUACCUGCGUUGACGGUAGAAAUGGUUUCGUUUGCAACUGUCCACCUGCCUGGCAAGGUUCCCUUUGUCAAUUCGACGUAGAUGAAUGUGCGCUCAAGGAAUCGCCCUGCAAAAAUUCCAUCAGUUGCGUUAACCUUGCCGGUGAUUACAGAUGUCGGUGUAGAAGCGGUUUCACAGGGAAGAAUUGUACGAAGAACAUCAACGAUUGCGUUGGACAAUGUCAACAUAGUGCACUUUGCAUCGAUCUCGUCGACGAUUAUCACUGCAGUUGUUCGGCAGGUUAUUCCGGGAAGGAUUGUGACGUUGACAUCGACGAAUGUGCCUCGAAGCCUUGUCAAAAUGGCGGAGAAUGCAGAGAUUUGGUAAACGCUUACGAGUGCGUUUGUCCUGUUGGAUUCACCGGUUACCAAUGCGAGAUAGAUCGGGAUCAUUGCAGUCCAAAUCCUUGUAGAAAUUCGGCGCCAUGUUUUAACACGCAAACCGAUUACUAUUGCCAUUGUCCCGAACAAUGGCAAGGGAAGAAUUGUAGCGAAUCGGCAUCGCAAAAUCCGCAAUUUAGCGGUAACACGGACGAUCAAUUAGGUUGCGGUAGCGAGGGAACGCCUUGCGGUGGCAGAGGAAAGUGCAGCGGUGACAAAUGCAUUUGCGAUCCGGGUUAUACCGGUGUUCACUGUCACGAGAAUAUCAACGAUUGUCGUGGGAAUCCUUGUAUGAACGGUGGUACCUGCGUUGAUCUCAUCAAUUCGUUUCAAUGUAUAUGCCGUGAGGGUUGGAGCGGAGAUUUGUGCGAUCAAGACGUAGACGAGUGCAUGUCGUUACCGUGCCGUAACAAUGGCACAUGUGUGGACGGUGUCGCAGAUUUUACGUGCAUUUGUCGAAAUGGUUGGAAGGGAAAAACCUGUGCCCUACGAGGUGGCCAUUGCGAACCGGGCACUUGUCGUCACGGUGGAACAUGUCAAGAUCGUGGUGAUGGUUUUACAUGUCAUUGUCCACCAAGUUGGGAGGGUGCAGCUUGUCAUAUAGCUUCUCCAGCAUGUGCCAGUAAUCCUUGCGAAAAUGGAGCAACCUGUGUCAACACGGCGGAUGGAAAUUACAAAUGUCUUUGUCGGGAAGGUUUCGAGGGUCCAAAUUGUCUUAGAAAUGUGGACGAUUGUCAACCGUUGCCGUGCCUGAACGGUGGUAAAUGCGUAGACGGAGUUAAUUGGUUCAGAUGCGAAUGCGCGCCAGGAUUUACCGGUCCCGAUUGUCGUAUCAACGUGAACGAGUGUGCCAGUGAUCCUUGCACCGCGGGAGCAACCUGCGUAGAUGGAAUUGCAAGUUAUUCUUGCGUUUGUCCACCGGGUAGGACCGGUAUUCGUUGCGAGAUUCGCACGGCCGGCGGUCCAGGAUGCGUAGCUGCAAGCUGGGAGGACGAUUGCAACAUUUGCGAGUGUCGAAGCGGAAAGAAUCAAUGUAGUAAUGUAUGGUGCGGUCAGGGUAACUGUUUAAACGGUACGUCCUGUUUGGCACACGAAGUAUGCGUACCAAGUCCAGGAGAAAGUUGUCUAUCACCACCCUGUCCAGCUUGGGGUGAAUGUCGACCGGUGGAAACUGGGAGAAGAGUAGGACCACCUGCAUUACCAGCACCACCCUCUUGUUGGCCUGGUCAAGCAACACCGGGACCAACUUGUUCGAGAUUGACGAUAUUAUUAAGAAGAGAUACUUUAGCGUCUGGUACGUCAGUCGAAUUGCUUUGUCGUCGACUGAGAAAACUUUUGGCUGACCCGAGACGACCACAAUUGAUCGUAUUACUUUGCGAUUUGAAACCGGGUGACAACGAUACCGUAGAGGUAACAAUAUUCUCGGAAACGGCAGCAGACGCAGCUCGGGAUUUGGGUGAAGCAUUGAGUCGUCCCAUGGGCAGACCACUCGCACUUGCCUCAGUUUUGGAAGUCAAAGUCGAGACCGCUUUAAUCAGCGAGCCUAGUUCCAAUUCGAAUAACGCGGCAGGUGGUUACAUUGCUGUCCUAGGUGGUGCUUUAGCAACUGUCCUAGUAUUAGCUUUGUUCGGAGGUCUUUGGUAUCUCAGAACGGCAAGACAACGUUCAAGCUUAACCGCGACAACCAGCAGCGAGACUUCCCUGCAUCGUCAUCGCAGUGAUCUUGACGAAAAAUCAAACAAUUUACAAAAUGAAGAGAACCUAAGAAGGUACGCAAAUCCUUUAAAGGAUCAAGACCCAGAACCACGCGUGUCCGUAGUCAGACCAUUGGCUGGUGCUUCUCUCAGUUCACUCGGUACAACUGAAGAAAGUCUCGAAAUGGUCUCGGAAGAAGGAAGACAUCGUUUACCACCCCUUUACAAACCCCCUAGUGCCGAGACGAGAAAUAACACGGCGAGUUUUAGUUACGAGGAAGGUCCCCACAAACCUUACACCAAACCGAGAAUACAAGAACCAACGUACUCCCAUCAGCAACCUGGGACGAGUCAAACGUCUGGUCCUCAUCAAGUGUUAACGGUACAUGUUUAAAGUCUUCCUUUUUUUUUUUCUUUCUUUUUUUUUUUUUCUUAUUAUUAUUAUUUUUUUACAGCAAUUGUAGUACCUAACACGGACUUAUCAGUUAUUCAUUACGAUUUAAACUCGAUUCUAACUUGUGUGUUCAAAGUGUUCCCCAAUUAUUCCCACGUGUUUUUUUUUUUAAUGAUCUGGUGACAAGAUAAUCAAGUAUUUUGUCUAAACUUAAAUGUUUUUUAGCACGAUUAAGUGGUAUGAUUUUAAGAUGAUUAUAUUCGAAGACACGUACGUUCGUUAUAAUAUAUGAUCCGAAAAAAUAUAUUAUAUAUUAUAAAUGUCGUAAAAUCUUGCAAGAAUUAACGUCUUCCCUGGUUUUGUUUUUUUUUUAAAAAAAGGUUAC